GCUAACAAAAUCCACUAUUCCAAUCUCAUCCUAUUCUAGUCUACGUGAUAUUGAUGAUACUGAUCAAAGUAGAUGUUUCUAUUGUCAUAAUCGACUGCCAAGUUGUACACAUCAAUUAAAUUUAUUGCAACCUACCAAUACUACUAAUAAUAAUGUUAGUAGUAUGAGUAGUAUUAUCUCAACAAAUAUGAUGGGUAAUCGACAAAAAUCCACAUCCGCUAUACCAUCAUGUUCAACUUAUGAAAUUCGUCCAGCUACACCGGGUAAAUUAACCGAUUAUGAACAUGAAUUUUAUAAUCCUUUAUCAACUAAUCAUAGUUCUUAUUUUUACAAUCCAAAUCAUACUACUACUACUAAUAAUAAUAAUAGUAACAAAUUAUUAUUUCCUUCAAAUUUCUGCCAUGACAAUUUACACAGUCUAACAACGAAUCAAUGUUCAAGUAAUUUUAUGUCCAAUGUUCAAUGUUCAUCAUCAUCGUCAUCAUCACCACAUGUCUGUAUGGAUUUAAAUCAACCCAAUCAUUCAUGUACUCAGUCUAUCCCUAUCACUACUACUACUACUACUAGUACUACUCAUAUUGACAAUCCAAAUCCUAGCCUACAUAGUAUUGAAAAUAAUGUACCUGUACAAAGUUUAGAUUAUCUAUGUGAAAACACAUGUAAUGAGAAUAAUUACACAGACAAAUCAUUCUUAAUACAAACUGAUAAUCAUACUACUAAUAAUAAUAAUGUUAGUAACAUUGAUCCUUCCGAAACUUGUACAAAAAUUGAUCGAUCCCAUUCAGAUACAGUCACUGGAGGAUCAUUACAACGUAUAUCAUUAUAUUUUACAAAUGAUACACAACAGAUUAGCACUAAUCAUCAUCAUCAACAUCACUAUACUACUACUAUUACUACUACUAGUAGUACUACUACUACAACCAGUCAUAAAGAACAUAUCCUAUUGAAUAGAGGUGACAAAUCACAACCAUUCAGAUCAGUAAUAC